AACUGGACGUAUCCUGUCCUGUCUGACAGUGGUCCCUGACCAGAUUCGCGCUCCAAAGUUCAAAUCCAUCUGGAGAAGUCUCCGCCCAAUCCAGAUCUCCCUCCCAACCCUCUGCAAGAUUUCACUGGAUUGGAGCGUGAUUUCCGACUAUGGUGUCUCCCAGCCGUGUUUCCAUAGCUUCUGGAUCCUCCUUGCCCAAGCCCAAUCUGGAUCAGCAUCACCCACAGCAAUAUCAGGAGCCAACUCAGCCGGACUUGGAACCCUUGGAACCCUUGGAACCGCCCACUCCUCAUAAUGUCACACCGGUGAGCCAUAAAGCCAAACGAUCCAUCAAGCAAGUCUUUGCCAAGAAAAGGUUCUAUUUGGAUAUCAAAACCAAGUCCGCCAAGAGUCCCCAAAUCAAGAAUAUAAUUGAGGAAAUCCAAAUUUUAGGCGGGACGAUCGAAGAGUUCUUCUCCAAGGAGGUGACCACUGUGAUAUCCGACGCUCCCGAUUGGAAGCUCAAGAGUCCGGGUACCGCCCCCUCGUCGCAGGCCGUGGUUAGCCCACCCACCCCCUGCAGUCUCCAGCCCCUAUCCAACGCCUCGUGGUCACCCGCCACGCCCGCCACCCCCACCGAGGAGAAGCGGAAACUCGCGGCCACGCCCAAAUCCCGCGUAGAAACCAUUUUAGAACGGGCUCACGUCCAAGCUCAGGGCACGUGUGACGUGAUCGAGAUCGCCCAUAAGCUCAAGAUCCACAUCUGGAGUCUGCACAAGCUCUGGAAGUGGCUGGAGGAGCUCAAGAAGAAGUUCGGCCCGCUCCGGAAAACCGCUGGACCCUGGCGACUCCAUCAGCGAUCCCAAAGUGUGGAUUCCUCGCUUCAUUCGCACUCCCAUCGGCCCUUGGUCUCGCCCUAUAUCAAGUUCGAGGCCACUACCCGCCAACAUAAGCCCGUGAUUCACGAGUUCAAGCGCUUCCCCAAGCUCUUCCUGGGCGGCAAGUUUCUGGGCUCGCCUUUCUAUCCUCCGGAUUCCAGCCAGAACAAGUUUGUGCACAAGCGAUUGAAUCUGGAAGACACGCGAGAGAAGGUGGAACCCAGCGAGGAGCCCGACCACCACCGGGAUAAACACGCCAAAUCCACGCGAAAAGAGUCGGUCCGAAACCCGCCGAAAACUCCCACCAAGAAACGCCCCGCCACUCCGAGCCAGACCCCGGGCGUGUCGGCCCAAAAGCGUGAGCGCCCCGGUUUCUGCGAGCUCUGCAACCUGGAGUUCACCGACUUAAACACGCACAUCGAGACCGAAAUGCACGAAUACUGGGGACUGAACGCCUCUCAUUGGGUCCACGUGGACAGCUGCAUCAACGUGCUCAACUCGACCGGGCCAGUCGCUCCUUGUCUGGCCUAAA